AUGAAUGAAUUCCAUCAAUUUGAGCCCUAUACCCUGACCUCUUUCGACCACGCCUUCCCACCAGCCUUUUAUCAUUUCGUGGCGCUUUCGUUCGCUAUCCAAAAACCUCAGGAUGCGAUCCCCACUCUGGAGUCUGCCAUCUUACGGAUGGUCGGCGAGCUUCCCUUCCUCACGGGGGAAGUCGGCCCCUGCCCGGAUGCUAAAAAGAACGGUGUAAUGCGUGUCCAGCCUAGUCUCAAUACUACAGACAAGAGUUCGAUUGUGCGGGUCAAGGAGCAUCCACGAUUCGUCCUGUCCUCCACCCCGACACCGGGCAAGGGAACAGGCACAGGACAGCAUCAUGCCCGCUGCGUGGAUUUAUCGGGAGCUAUUGUGCCCGAAUUCGAUUACUCGUCCAUCUCGGCUCCUGUAUUUCGUGCUCAGAUCAACGUCCUCGCCGACGGCAUAGUCCUCUGUCUGGCCAUCAACCACAUGGUGAUUGACGGGACGGGGACGGGAGCCUUGGUCGACAUACUCGCCACCGUUUGUCGAGAGGGUGAAGGGUCGGUGAACUAUCUGCGCACGUGUGGCGCAAUUCAGGAGAGCACCAGGCGUGAUCUACAGGAUAUAGGAACACAAGGCCAGCUGCCCGACGGGGUCCAGUCUAGUGAUGAUCCUACCGAUGGCGCGGGAGACAUUUUCGAGCCUGGGAAAUCGUAUGCGAAUCAUACACUUGUGUUUUCAGACGCCCACGUGAAAGCGCUCAAGGGCCGAUGUAAUGCAAUUCUGGCGGAGAUGUUCCCAGCAGCUAGUACUGGGCCGCCCAAUCCAGGGACAACAGUCAGAGACCAACGCUCACUCGUCUCAUCCAAUGAUGUGCUCACAGCGCUAUUGUGGAUGAGUAUCAGUCAAGUCCGAUCGGACCCAACCCAACCACGAGAGCAGUCAUCUGUGAGCGUCCCCGUGAAUACACGGACGAGGUUCUCCCCCUCUCUACCCGAUAACUAUUUGGGAAAUGCCGUGCUCGUGACCGAGAGUAAGCUAGCGUUAUCAGAGUUACAAUGCCUGAACGACGAUGGUCAUCUGGGGGAGACGUCUACUCAAGGCAUCCGGCUACUUUCUCUGCUCGCUCAUCGAGUCCGCUCAAGUAUCGCCGCGGUGGAUGACGAGUCUUUGAGAGUAUCGCUCCGUCGAGCACACCACGCCAGUGACUGGGAAACACUACUCGCUCGCCCGGGCGACGUGGUCGUGUCUAGCCUGCGAUCGUGGAACUCCUUCGGCUUGGACUUUGGCCCCACACUCGGCGGUAUCGCCGCGCUAGAGCUCGUCCCUACCUUUGCUAUUGAAGGGGAAUGUAUCAUCAAACCAUGUCGGUGUGACUCAAGUGGGAGUGGCAUAUGGGAGGUGAUGGUUACUUUGAAGCCAGAGCAUAUGCACGCAUUGAGAGAGAACCAGUUGAUGAGAUGCGUGCUCCAGUGUGAUUAUCCUGUGGAGGUCUACCGGGCCGGUUAG